AUGAGGAACUUCAACGUUUGUUCGUACAUUUUUGUACUGCUCGUGAUUAUGGUUUCAAGUUCGCAGCAAAUUGAUGCUCAAACUUGCAAGCCAAGUGGUAGAAUUAGAGGAAGAAAAUCACAUUCUGCACAAUGCAAUAUAGAGAACGAUGUGUGUUGCAUUGAAGGAAGGUUUUACAUCACCUACACAUGUUCACCUCCCGUGUCAAGCAAAACAAAGGCUACCCUCACACUUAUCAGUUUUGAAAAGGGAGGUGAUGACAGUGGCCCGUCUAAGUGUGACAACCAGUAUCACUCUGACGAGACUCCGGUUGUGGCACUAUCGACUGGAUGGUACAAGGGAGGGGAUAGGUGUCACAAUUUUAUCACAAUCAAUGGUAAUGGAAAAAGGGUAAAAGCCAUGGUUGUAGAUGAGUGCGACUCUACGAUGGGUUGUGAUGAUGAUCAUGGCUAUCAGCCUCCGUGCCCAAAUAAUAUUGUUGAUGCAUCUCAAGCUGUUUGGAAAGCCUUGAAUGUAUCCCUAUCGAAUUGGGGAGACUUAGAUAUCACUUGGUCAGAUGCAUAA